UGUCUUAUUUAUCUAUUAGUUUUAUUAUUUUCAAUUUUCGAUUUCAAGUGUCAAACUUGUUUCUGUACCUUUAAAUCCAAUGUUGACGUCACACACUCGAACACUAUUGGCUAAUCGGCUUCCGUACAUGGAAUGCAGAAAGCAUGGCUGCGGAACCAUGGAACAGGGUAAACAUUCCCUUUCCCAGUGCGACAUCAAGCGUCCACAUACGUCUCACAUCAACAACAGCUGAGGUUUUCAAAACCCUGCAGCGGGAAAACAGCCAAGUCCUGAAGCUUCUCCGCAGCAAUAUUCUUUGGACGGAAAUCAGAGUUCUGUACGAGCUGCUGUACGUUCUAAACAACAGCAUGAGAGGCAACAAGACGUUCAAGGGGUUACAACAGGUUGAACAAUGUGUAAACAGACUGAAGAACAUGAAGCUUGAUGCAGCUCUUGAGGAUCUUGCAAAUUUGUGUCCAACUAAGAUUCAAAUGACACUGUGCACCAAGAGCGGUGAGUGCAAUGUUCCAAGUCAGCCCACGCUGGAGUGGACCUGCCUCAAAGUCCUGGGAGCCAGCAAACUCCUAAGCUGCACCUUGACCCGCUGCAAAAGAGCCUUUAUACUCACGAGGCAGCAAAUGAAACUGGAGGAGUUUGUGUUAUUGUGUUUGGUGAUCACCAGCAUGCUCAGUCGUUUGUGGGUGAUUUUCCGUGGUAUCCUGGUUGGGCUCGCCAAACUGUACCCGAAUGUCCUGGAACUCCUCAGGGAUGUGUCCCAGGCCCAACCCAUGCCAUACCUCACUGGCAUCUCCCUGCCAGCUACUAUCGCUGAGAUUCUGAGUCCUUCUGAUAAAUUAUUACUGAAGACGCAUUGUGCAUUUCACUCUCACGUCAAAGAUCAGAAGAUAAAGCAGCAAAGCAAAAAGAAUGUUCCAGAUAAAGAGAGAACCCAGGGAAAGAAGAGGAAGAUUACAGAAGACCUGGGGGUUUUGGUCAAAAGAGAUAUUGGUCUUGAUGCUGACAUUAAGCCUCUUUUCAAUAAGGAACAAACCAAGUGUAAAUCCAUCUCGGGAGACCUUUUCAAGAAACAGAAGGCCAGGAAACAAGUAGAAGAUGCAUCCACGUUCUCUCGCAUGUCUGCCAAUCUAGAGGACAUUAUUUCACAGUGCAGAUCGUUGAGGAUGAGGAGAACUAAACGUCUCCUGAGCUUCCUGCAUUUAAAGUGCCAGAGGUUAAAAUGUCUGGAAGCAGCAGGAUACAACUUGCAGAGGAAGUUCCAGGUCUUCAGACAGGAGGUCCGCUGGGCUUUGUCUCUUCAGAGAUCCAGGGCAAAGACUUGUUCUUCCUCAGCUCCAGUCAGAAGAACUGCUAGUCCGACGAGAACUUUGCAUUCACUCAAGACCCAAUUUAUGCUGUUUAAGGUCCGAAUGGAGGCAAAAAAGACAAGACUGGUCAGACGACGGAAAGAGCAUCAUCUGUCGGCGUAUUUUAAAGAAAACCUGCAGAGCAAGGCUCUAGAUAGGUCAGAGAUCGCAUCUGAUGACAUCGAUGAGAUCUUUGCUUCGGCGGGUUUGUGAAAACCAACGUGUCACAAAGUGAGAGGGAUAUGCAUACAUAUGAUUGUAUUAGAACUGAUGUGCUUGUUUCUGCCUUUUAAAUCAGUUCAGUGAGAUUUUAAGGUUUAUAAUGUGUGUGAAUAUGGCUCAAACGUGUUGACAUGGGAGGAUGUUCUCUGGCCAAAGAAACCAGCACAAUCUAAGCUGUAGAAACACAAAACAGUGUUGAUGGAGGGCUAUUUCUGUUGAGACAUUGUGCAACUUUAAAUGAUCAGUGAUUUAAUGUCUGCAAAAUGAGACUUUGUGUCUCAGUGAGACUUUCCUGUGUAGACAAAUAUCUGAGUAAACAGUUAAAAUGGG